AUGGCUCCCUCCCCAGCCCAAGCGCCGCGCCGGCCGUGGGAAGACGAAGACGCCUCGACUCUGGGCCAUGAAGGCGACGACGAGUCCGACGACGCGCACGCCCUCGACCGCGCCCCGGUCCACCCCAUUGCCUGCAUGCAGGGCGCCUUCGAAGAGUCGAUCAUAGAGGCCGAGGAGGCUGAGCAGGAGAAGGUCAAGCCCAAACGGGCCGGCGGCGCGAAAGCCCGCCGCCAGCGCAUGCUGGAGGAGGACGACUACAACGAGUCGUACAACGCCCAGUGGAGGAAGAAGCCCAGCGCCAAGUACCACCCGCUAUGGAAGCUGGUCGCCCAGAUCUCGUUCGGCGUGCACCUGCUCAACCAGCAGCUGGCCAAGAGCGACGAGGAGGUGUCGCGCAUCCUCAAGACGCACGUGCAGGAGGUCGACCAGUUCCUGGAGAAGACGACCGAGGACUUCGACCUCGCUCUGGCCGACAUUCAGGAGCGCAUCAAUCAUCUCAAGCUGCCGCUGGAGCACGUCAACAUCUUCGACAUGAUGCUGGACGACAGGCAGUUUCGCACCUCGAUCAUCGAGGGCAACGAGAAAAUCGAGAAAAUCGUCGAGCGCACCGCUCGCGCCAUGAACGAUUCUCUGGUCGACGUGGAGAAGGGUAUGGAGGCGACGGAAGAGCUUUCGCGCUACUUGGUUCGCAUUGGCGCCCACUGGACGGAAGGUGAUGAAGAACUGAUGGACAUAUACAUGGCCAUGUGUGGAAACUCGGAAGGUUGGCUCGAAUGUUUGAGGAUCCUGCAGACGAAAGGAAGCGAACUCGGGGUCGCUCUGGUGCAGCUGGGCAGCAUUCUUAAUGAGAUGACGAAGAGGGCGGGCGUUGCAAGUAGGAGAAGUAUCAUUGCACAUCGGACACCAGAUGCUGAUUCACGGCCUGGCUCGCGAUCAACCUCGAGGUCGACGCCGCGGUCUGUCUCAAGACAGAGCUCGAGACCGCGGCUGGCCAGUCCGCCGGAUUCUGCUUGGGCGUCGCCUCGAGGCACGCCCUUGCCAGGCGACAAGCCUCUGCCUCGCGCCCCAGACUCACUGAGUCCUGCGGUCGCCGGGGCUCUCCACAGGUCACAGUCCCGGCCUCCGCAGAAGCAUCACACUGUUCCUUUAGAGCAGAGAUUUGAGCAUCCCAGGCCGCCACCGCGGAGCCCAGCGGAAUCGAGUAAUUCCAUGCUGAGCCCCACCGUCCAGCAGAAGGAGAGGAGGAGACAGCCUAGGACCCCGGAGCCGCGGCUGGAGACGCCGAUUCCGCCUGAAUGGGCAAAUCGCCUGCUCGCUCGCCUGCCCGAUCACCCGCCCGUUCACCUGCUCGCUCACCUGCGCGUACACCUGCACAGUCCGAAUCCCACCGCCCAGCUCCUGCACCCGCAUCUGUUCCUGCCCGGCCUCACAACACGUCGUCUGUGA